GCAAUUUUGAUUUAUUUAUUGAUCUAUUCCUCUGAUCUUGACUUACCUGUCUACCUCUGUGUCUGUAUGUGUGUGUGCCUGUAUGAACAUGUAAACAUACCAUUUGAGUACAUCUUACUGGUUGAUUGUGCAGAUUACAAACACGCACACACACACAAACGUAGUGAGGGUAUUAACAAACGGGCCAACAUUGGAAAAAAGAUAAUUUAAAAAGGAGUUGGGAUUUAAAAAAGGCACAUAGACGAGUUUCAAGGCUUUUAUAUCAAAUAGUAAUAGUACUACUAUUACUAUUAUUAAAAUUAUUACUACUACUACAACGACCUCUAUUACUGUAGUCGGAAUUUCAGUGGAAUGGAUGGAUUUACUGAAGUCUAUUUUAUGAUCGAUAAGAGAAGAAAAGGAUGGAUUACUAUGCCAGAACUGCGUAAAUAUACCGAAGAGAAUGAUGUAGAGGAGACAAUGCUUGAUCGUUGGCAAACUCUUUUCGAUCCUGAAUCCACUGGUCGUAUCACUCUGGAGAAAUUCUGUGAUGUAUUAGGCUUACAAAAAGAAGUUAUAGAUAAUCGAUAUGCUAUUAAAGGACAUGAACUGGAUGAUGUGAUCACUAUUCAAUCGGAUAUGCCAACUAAAAUGAAAUUAACAGUAUGUGGUCUUGUUGAUGAAGCUGUCUUAGUUUAUCAGGAUGACGCGAAAUUAGCGGAAUAUUUAAAAAAGCAGUUGGAUAAAUACUACGGCAAGUUAUGGAAUGUGAUCAUUGUCUAUGGUCGAUAUUUUUCGCAUUAUUGUCAUGAAACCGGUUAUAAUUUUUGCUUCAUUAAAGAUGAUCGAAUAUUUUUGGUGUAUAGAAUCCCGGAUAUUGUUUGAAUAGUGACAGAGUGUGGGGUGGGGUUUGGUGAGCGGUGAGCGGGAGCAGGUGUAUGGAUCAAAUAAAAACAAAAGUUGUAAAUGAAACUGUUGUUUGAGGAAAAAAACAAUAUACAUGUAUGAUGAUUUUGUAAUAUUCAAAUGAUUAAGAGCAAAAUAUAUAAUUAAAGUAUUG